AUGGAGAAGAAACUGCAGAAGCAGGUGACCGGGGCGAGCGACACAGAGACCUGGAGCUUGAAGUCUAUGGCUCGCCUGAAAAGCCUCAGCACCAUGAGCACCACGUCCUCCUUUGCACGCUCCUUUUCACGCCUGAGCACUUCGCCCCUGGAAUUCGUCGACUUGGAAGAUGAGGAGGAACUGGAAUUCAAGUUGGUUGUGAAGGCAACCUUCUUGGAGUAUAUUCCUGUUGAGGGCUCGCUGCCUCACUGCAAGAGCGAUUCGUCCUUGGUGGUGAGCCAGUCGCGGCCGCCUUACGUCCAUCCGACGGAUGGCACCGACCUCCGUGCAGCAGAGUCAGAAACAGAACUGCCGGAGGGAGUGCCCUCAGUGGGAUCGAUGUUGCACGAGCUGCAGCGGUGCCGACCCUGUGCAUGGUUUUGGAAGCCUAAGGGCUGCGCGAACGGCUCCAGUUGCAGGCACUGCCACUUGUGCCCUGCAGGCGAGCUGACGCGACAGAGGAAGGUACAUCGAUGCAUGGCAAGGCAGAGGAGACAGGACCAAGGAACCGCGCAAUCGCCAGAGACGCCGCAGGUCUCCUUCGUGCCGGUCCUUUUCCAUGUUAUGCCCAGGAUGGGCCCGAAUGUGCAAUUUUGUGACGGACAGCCCGUCAACCCCACUCUUCUAGGCCGAAUUUAG